UUGUAUGUUCUCUCAAAAGAAGUAAAAAACUAACGAGUCAAAAUACAUUAUUUCAUUGUUUGAUUAAAUAUGACAAAACACCGUUCUAACGGACGCUUGUUUAUGAGUAAAAUAGUUUUUAGGUUAUGUAUUCAUAAUAGAAAAUUAUCAAAUAACUACCUGUCAAACAACAGAAAUAAAGAAACAGAAAGGUACAUUUUUAUAUAGUUUCAUAAAAAUUAUUGAUGGCUGCAAUCGAUAAAGUUAAGAUUAUUGUUGUUGGUGAUUCUGGCGUUGGAAAAACAUCAUUAACACAUUUAAUAUGUCAACAACAACCUAUUAGGAAUCCUUCAUGGACUAUAGGUUGCUCAGUGGAAGUUAAAUUACAUGAAUAUAAAGAAGGAACUCCUAAUCAGAGAAGAUAUUUUAUUGAAUUAUGGGAUAUUGGAGGAAGUCAAAGUCAUAAAAAUACAAGAUCUGUUUUUUAUAAUCCUACAAAUGGUAUCAUAUUAGUUCAUGAUUUAACAAACAGAAAAUCACAGCAAAAUCUUCAAAAAUGGCUUGAAGAAGUUUUGAGUAAAGAUAAUAAUUAUAUGAAAUCAAAGCCAUUUGAUGAUUUUGAUCCUGAAAAAUUUGUAGGAUCUACACAGAUACCAAUUUUAGUUAUUGGUACAAAAUUAGAUCUAGUUGCUGAAGUCAGAUCAAAUGUACAUAGACGUUCUUCAACUAUUGCAGAAGAAUGUGGUGCUGAUGAAAUAUUUUUGGAUUGUCAUCAAGUGAGAUCACUAGCUGCUGGUUCUAGCUCUUCUGUUAAAUUGAGUAGGUUUUUUGAUAAAGUUAUUGAAAGACGUUAUUAUUCGUUAAAAGAAGGAAUCAAUUCUGACAAACGAAGACUGCCAAUGUAUAGUGCUCCAUACAGUUCUAAAAUUUAUCAUAAUGAUUGAAAUUCAGAAAAUUCAUCAUGUCUACUUUAACAUUAAUAGAAUUUUCGUUCCUAAAUUUCUUGUAUUACAUUCCUAAUUUACAGCA